AUGUCUCGAGCGUCUCAGAUUACCCUGGCGACUACAUGUGUCACAGCGAUUGGCACCGUCGCGUUUGUGCAUUGGUCGCAAAAGGCCGACAAGGCAGCAAUGCACAUGGGCGUCAUCCGCGAUUUCGAACAGCAGCGAAUCAAGCGCGAGCGACAGGCAGACUUUGAGAUGCAGAGAGAACUGGAGAAGGAAUAUCUGAAAUAUCAGACAGUGUCGGAUGGAGGCCCCGCCGAACCACCACACCAAGGACGAUGA